AUCCCCCUUCCGCCGCUUCCCUCGACGUCAUCACAUCCAGCCAACACGCGUCUGGGUCCGCUCAGCGAGUCGGCGCCGAGCGGCCAAUCGGGGGCGGUGCGGCGGGAGCCUCGUUUGCAUAAUAAUAGAGGGGCGUGGUCAGGGUGCUGACCGAGACCCCUGCCCAUGGCCCACAGCACCAAGCCUGCUGCCCUGCUGCAUGCCCCAGGCAAGGCUCAUCAUGGGAACUUCGUGGUGGCCAUCAAACAGGAGAAGGGAGAGUCAGCGCGGGUGGGCAGCGAGAAGCCGGAGGAGGAGCCGGUGAAGAAGAGGGGCUGGCCCAAGGGCAAGAAGAGGAAGAAGAUCCUUCCCAACGGCCCCAAAGCCCCCGUGACGGGCUACGUGCGCUUCCUGAAUGAGCGGCGCGAGCAGAUCCGCACGCAGCACCCUGACUUGCCCUUCCCAGAGAUCACAAAGAUGCUGGGAGCAGAGUGGAGCAAACUGCAGCUCUCAGAGAAGCAGCGGUACCUGGAUGAGGCAGAGCGGGAGAAGCAGCAGUACAUGAAAGAGCUGCGGGAGUACCAGCAGUCAGAGGCCUACAAAAUGUGUACGGAGAAGAUCCAGGAGAAAAAGAUCAAAAAAGAGGACGUGGGCGCGGUGGGUGUGAACACCCUACUCAAUGGGCACCCGCAGAAGGCUGGUGAGUGCAGCGACACCUUCUCCACCUUUGAUGUGCCCAUCUUCACUGAGGAGUUCCUGGACCAAAACAAGGCCCGGGAGGCCGAGCUGCGGCGUCUGCGCAAGAUGAACACGGAGUUCGAGGAGCAGAAUGCCAUCCUGCAGAAGCACACGGAGAGCAUGAACUGUGCCAAGGAGAAGCUGGAGCAGGAGCUGGUGCAGGAGGAGCGGCAGACCCUGGCCCUGCAGCAGCAGCUCCAGUCUGUGCGGCAGGCCCUCACUGCCAGCUUCGCCUCCCUCCCCAUUCCCGGCACUGGGGAGACCCCCACACUGAGCACCCUGGACUUCUACAUGGCCAAACUGCACAGUGCCAUUGAGAGCAACCCCCUGCAGCACGAGCCACUGGUGCUGCGUGUCAAGGAGAUCCUGUCCCGGAUUGCCAGUGAACACUUAUGAGAUGACCAGUCCUUCCAGACCCUGGACAUGGCUGGACCCUGGGCCUGUCCCUUGGAGCUCACUCAAGGGACAGUCUGUGCAGGGGCUCUGGCUGUUCCCCCUGCCCCUUGCACCUUCCUGCAGAUGGGACCCCCAGCCCAGACCGCCAGACCCAUGGCUGCGCUACCUCCAGGGAUCUUGAGCUUUGGGGGACAAGCGGUGACAGGGCUGAGAGCCCAGCUAGGGCAGUGCUGGGAGAGGGUCAGCAUUGGUGUGAGCACCCCUGGCUCUCCCCUAGGCCCCCCGCCCUGCCUUGUCAACCAGGAGCUCCCUGAAGCCUGACUGGGGCAGGGGAGGUGCUGGUGGGUUUGGGCCUGGCGUGAACACACCCCUUUACGGUGAACUGGGGCUGUGGGGUUUGGGGGCAGUGAGGGGUAACUGGGACCCCCUUGGUCCUGGUGCUGCCUCUUGUCCCCUGACCAGCUUGGGAACCUCUUGGUCCCAUCCCUGCAAGGGCAUGAGGGCAGCUCCUUCCCACCACCUGCCUCAGCUUUUUUUUGAUGUGUGCCUUCAGCCUUUGCCCCAUCACUCUUGCUUGGCUCCCCUCCUUCCCCUCUGUAUCUUGGGACCAGGCAGCGAGCUCCUGAAAGCAAUAAACCUCUUUAGGCCAGAGAGAAGCUGGAACUGUGACCCCCUCCUGGGGCAGGGAGCAGAGGAGAGCUGGGACUGCCCCCCCUCCCAUGAUGGGGGACCCCUGGAAGAGGGGAGCUGGGACCCACCUUGUCUUAGGGUGGGGACCUCUGUAGCAGGGGAGCUGUGACUGACCCCUUCCUGCUUGCAGGGGCCCCGGGUGUGCUGCAUUGGCUUUUGCCUCCUGCCCCUUUUGCCUGAGCCCCCCUGCUCUUGUGGGACCACUGUGCUGGCAACUGGGAUCAGGCUUGGUGUCCCUGGGCCUGCCUGUCAUUAAUCUCAGACUGUGUAAUUAGAGAGUGUCUUAUUUUCUUAGCACUACAUGGGCCUGGCCCUGGGUCUGCUGGGGACCGGGGUGUUCCCACCCCUCUCUCAUUUGCCCGGCCUGUGCUCUGCAUCUGCCAUUUGCCAUCUCCUGCUGACUGUGGGCUGGGGAUGGAGAUGGGAGCAAAUAAAUGUGGGACAAAAC